GCGCGCAUGAUUGGAUCAUUGUCAUCAACGACUUCAGCCCCCAAAAAUGUCCGCUCAUGCUAAAAAGAGAAAGGUAGAUGCCGAAUGCAGGGUUUUCAACAACAAUUGGACUGCUAAGUACUUAUUUACUAAAGUCGGAGGUAAAGCCGUGUGUUUAGUUUGCGGGGAGCAGAUCGCCGUGUUUAAGGACUACAAUUUGAGUCGACAUUACGAGACGAAACACGCGGAGAAAUACAAAAACUUUACUGAUGCUGAAAGGGCGCGCACAUCGGAAGCUUUGCUAGCUAAGCUGCAAAAGCAGCAAGGCUUGUUUACCAAGCUUCACACAUCCAGGGAUGCAGCAACCGAGGCCAGCUUUGUGAUAUCCCACAAAAUCGCUAAAAACAGUAAGCCAUUCUCGGAGGGGGAGUUUGUCAAAGAGUGCUUGGUGGACUCUGCAGCACUAAUAUGCCCUGAAAAAAAAGGAGCAUUUGAGCAAGUCCUGCUGUCCAGGCGAACCGUGGCGAGAAGGAUCGAGGACAUCGCGGGGAAUCUGGAGCUUCAGCUGCAACAUGAAGUGGCAAGUUUUGACUUUAUCUCCUUGGCUUUGCACGAGAGCUGUGAUGUCCGCGACACAGCCCACUUACUCGUAUUUGUCCGUGGGAUAACGCCGGACUUCAAGAUUACGGAGGAGCUGGCAGCAGUGCGGUCGAUGAAAGGGACGACGACAGGGAGCGAUCUGUUCACGGAGGUAAAUGCGUGCAUGGACACGCUGGGACUGAAAUGGGACAGACUGGCAGGUGUCACCACAGACGGUUGUCCAAAUCUUACAGGUAAACAUGUUGGACUUUUGAAACGAAUGCAAGAUAAAGUGACUGAAGUCGACGCUGAUCAGAAAUUGGUAUUUUUGCAUUGCAUUAUAAACCAACAUGUGUUGUGCAAGUCAUUGCUAAAAAUAGACCAUGUCAUUGAUGUUGUUACUAUAAUAGUAACCUUCAUCAGGGCACGAGCUCUGAAUCACAGACCGUUUGUUGCACUUUUGGAGGAGCAUGAGACUGAGCACAGUGACAUCGCCGACCACACAGCUGUCAGAGGGCUCAGCUUGAACAAAGUGCUGAAAAGAGUUUGGGACCUGAAAGCAGAGAUUCGAGAGUUUUGUGAGAGGAAAGGCAAAGACAUCCCAGAGCUCUCAGAUGAGGACUGGAUGGCAGAUUUCGCAUUUGCUGUUGAUGUGACUGCACUGAUGAAUGAACUGAGCACCAAACUGCAAGGCAAGGGCCUUUUUGUUCAUGAAAUGCACAGCCUGGUGAAAGCUUUCAUGAGAAAGAUGCAGUUUCUUUCAAGCCAAUUGGAGAGCAACACUCUCACUCACAUGCAAACCCUGAAAGAAGUCACACCAUCAGCUGAUCACCUCCGAAGGUACUCAUCCAUGUUAGGAGCACUGCAUGUGUGGAUAAUGCACCCAGUGACGUUCAGCUGGAACUCAUUGACCUGCAGUCUGAUGCACUACUGGCAGGGCACUUUAAGUCAGGAUCUCUGCUGGAUUUCUACUCUUCACUCAAGGAGGAAAACUUUCCAAACAUGAGGAGACAUGCUCAGAAGAUGUUGGUUCUCUUUGGCUCGACUUGCAUACGUGAACAAACAUUUUCAAUGAAAUCCAGGUAUAUAUCCUCUCUCUCUGAUGAUCAUCUGUCAGCUGUGCUUCGCAUCUCCACCUCAGACAUUCAACCUGACUUCGAUGCCCUCGUUAAAGCCCAGCAGAGACAAGAAUUCUCUCCCUGAACAAGAAAAAAAGAACUUAAAAACACCAAAUGAGGUGGUUAGACUACAAAUGUAGGCAUGUAAAGAUACCAACUAGCAGUGAACUGGGACUCUGUCUUUCUUUCCUUUUUCUCAAAGUCACAGUUCAGUGACGGUUCAAAAUGAUGUUUCUUGCUGAAUGUUUGGAGCACAAAGACAAUGUUGUGAUGUCUUUUAGAAUGCUAAGAACCUUUACACAACUUUCCAACAGUACAUGAAACUCAAAAUGUGUUUUGUAGUGAAUGGGACUGAAACUGUUCACUAAUGAGUCACAAAUGGAAAAACGUUCACAUUUUGUUCACCGUUGUUUUGGGAAAUUUGAUUGAAUAAAUGACAUUGUUUGUAAGGCGA